AUGAAUACUCGUAUUCUUAAUUUAAAUAAUGAUCUUAAUAAUACUAGAAAAACAUUAGAAAGCACACAAAAUCAUCUAAAUGCUACUAAUGAUAAACUGGCGCAGCUUGAGAAAGAAAAAGAUCAGCUAGAAGAAGAAACAUUAAAUAAACUGGAAGAAAAAGCCAAUAAUGAAAAAUCAAUUCCGGAUUCAAUUGAAUUUAUUGAUAUUCAAAAUGAAAACAUGGAGUCCAAGGUAUUUUUAAGCGCUGAAGACGCUGAAGUACGUAAGUUCAAAGAUAUGUCAGCCGAUAAAAAAAUGAAGAUUGUAUAUGACGAAAUUCUAGAAAUCCAAAAUUCUUUGGUAGUAGAAGAAAAACAUAAAUUGGUAUGGCAUCAUUUCUUGUUAUUUAACACAGAAAUAAUGCCUGCCAAUUCUUCCGAUGUGAUAAAUAUAGGCCCUGUCUCAAUGGACCCUACAAAUUGGAUUUCCCACCUCAUAAGACAUAAUAUGAUGUAUAAAGAGCAGGCCGCAAAAAUAAGCUACUGCUACUUUAAAGAAUACAAUCCAAAUUCUAUAUUAAAUGUAUACAAACAGCUUCCAAAAAUCUAUAAAAAUGACACAAACAAAAAACCGCAUGCCAUUGUUUUAGAGAAUAUGGUGCGAUAUUGCACUACUCUUCAUGAAUUUUUAGAGCUGACUAGUAAAUUUAUUUUCCUAGAAACUGAUACACUUUCUAAACUAGCAAAUGACCAAUAUCAGUCUUUGUUAGAUGCCAAGAAACUAAAUCGUAUGGGUACUAAGCAUACAUGGUCUUCUGAGAUGCAAAAGCACUUUAAAGACACAUAUAAUGUGCUUCUGGAUUUAUAUAAUAACUGGACGAUAAUACAACAAAAUAGAAAACAAAUAGGGCGUGAGAUGGCUGAUUCUGAUGAGAAAACUCAUACAGCUACUAGCAGCUCGAAUGAAGAACCAAUUCUAGACAAAUAUAUAAGUUUAGAUGAAGCUGUUUCUUCUUUAGAUGUAUUUGUAACCCAUAAAACCCCCAAAUUUAAGGAUUUUAAAGGUAAUUUUCCUAAUACAGAGGUAAUAGGUAAAACAUUAAAUUUCACUAGAACUUCUGACAUGCUGGAUGGCUCUAACCGCUGGGACCUUUUAGAUCAGGCUAUUAGAGAAUGCUCUCAGUUUUUGAGUAAAUCAAACAGCUCUAGCUUAGGAAAUAGUGAAAAUCAGCGACCUUCUAAGAAUAUCGAUUUGAUGUUUAUUUUAUUCAGCGCAAGGCCAGACAUUAAAACGUCUUUUUCUCCUCUAUUCUUCUUAGAUAGAUCUAAAUUAAUAGGAAUUGUGGCAGCCAUUCUUAAUAGACUAGAAGAUUGCCUUGCAGACUUUAAAGCAUUAACACAAGAUACAAAAAUUUAUAAUUCUAUUUUAGAGAAUGAUUUGGCCUUGAUCCAAACAGUUAGAGUUUCUAUGGCAAUUCACUCGGCAGCAGCACUUUUACAACACAAUAUUCUGUCUUUCCAAAGAAGUAAAGACCAUUUUAUAUACAAUUUCGUAUAUAAAAAUCUUUUUGCUACAAGCAAUGCUUCUGUUAAAAUGAUUGAUGAUUCUGAUAAAAAUGAGAAGAACGUAUUUAAAUCAGAAAUGGCCAGAAUAAUUAAUGUAAACCCCAAAGAUUUAAAUAAAACCAAUAGAAAGACAGAAACCAGACAUGAUCCGAAAUACAUCGAGUCUAAGAUAGCAGUAAAACCCUUUGGGCAAAGUCAGAACAGCGAAUACCCAGAAUUUGUAUGGAACCUAAUCAAGGAAAAUGCUGUGGUAGAUUAUUACUUGAAUUACUCGAUGGACCAUAUUAAAAAAUAUGCAUCGAGCAAAAAUAUGAAACAUUAA